GGAUCACAGUUUUGCGGGUUCAGUGAGCUUCGGGUUCACUUCCGGGGGAUGUUUGCAGCGAAAGGGUAGAUUCUCCAGCUCUUGCCUGGGAACCACCCCCAUUUUUCCGGGUACACAUUUCUCUGUCCCCGGUCCUGUGGCUAUUCCACCUUUAUCGGUGACUUAAGAGGUGGUUUGGACUCGUCGAUGUGCGGAGAGAAUCGUCCCGCCGGCGCUGACGAAUGAGUUUCCUGUGAGCUCCGGUUGUAGCUACGACGAGCUGGCGGGUCUUCAUCCCAUCCUGCCAAACAUCCUUCUCAGGGGCGUCACACACUCAGUCCUCAUUGCGCUGUCAGUCUGCACGACAGCUCUGUCACACUGGGUCAGCGUUGUUCACAGAAGGCCACGUCUGACCAGAGCCAAUGCUAAACACAGCACAGCCAUUUUAGAGACGCGUGUUCUGGAGAGUCGCUUCGCUGCCCUCCAGAAUCAAGCCACCAAGUGUUCUGUGGGAGCUGUAGGUCCUCCACAGGGGGCCUUCAAGACAGCAAUGCCUGGGUCCACGCCGGCAAGCAGCAAAGCUAGGGUGUACACGGAUGUCAACACACAGAAAAACCGAGAGUACUGGGACUACGAUGCUCACGUUCCAAACUGGAGCAACCAGGACAACUACCAGCUGGUGCGUAAACUGGGUCGAGGGAAGUACAGCGAAGUAUUUGAGGCCAUCAAUGUGACCAACAAUGAGAAGGUUGUGGUGAAGAUCCUCAAGCCAGUCAAGAAGAAGAAGAUCAAAAGGGAAAUCAAAAUCCUUGAAAACCUGCGCGGAGGAACCAACAUCAUCCGUCUGGUCGAUACCGUCAAAGACCCCGUGUCCAGAACACCAGCGCUUGUCUUUGAGUGCAUCAAUAACACAGAUUUCAAGGAGCUUUACCAGAAGCUGACAGACUACGACAUCCGUUACUACAUGUACGAGCUGCUCAAGGCUCUGGACUAUUGUCACAGUAUGGGAAUCAUGCACAGAGACGUGAAGCCCCACAACGUGAUGAUCGAUCAUCAGCUAAGAAAGCUGCGACUCAUAGACUGGGGUUUGGCCGAGUUCUACCACCCUGCUCAGGAGUACAACGUCAGGGUGGCCUCUCGUUACUUUAAAGGCCCUGAGCUGCUGGUGGACUAUCAGAUGUAUGACUACAGUUUGGACAUGUGGAGUCUAGGCUGCAUGUUGGCCAGUAUGAUCUUCCUGAAGGAGCCGUUCUUUCACGGCCAGGACAACUAUGACCAGCUGGUCCGCAUCGCUAAGGUUCUCGGCACCGAGGAGCUGUUUGGUUACCUGCACAAGUAUCACAUAGAACUGGACACUCGCUUCAAAGACCUGCUGGGACAGCAAACACGGAAGCGCUGGGAGCAGUUCAUCCAGUCAGAGAACCAGCACCUGGUGAGUGCAGAGGCUCUGGACCUGCUGGACAAACUGCUGCGAUACGACCAUCAGCAGAGGUUGACGGCAGCUGAGGCCAUGCAGCAUCCGUACUUCUACCCCGUGGUGAAGGAACAAGCAAACGCCAACACAGACGGCCCAAAAGCAAUAAGCAGCUCCAAUGCAACAUGAUGACCACACAGCAGGAAAAUUCUUUGUUACCUCAACUUGUGACCUUUUCAUGGCAGAAACUUUGUCAGCAGCCAAACUGGAGUGAGAGUCAACACUGCAAAACACACACACACCCAUUUACACACACACACACACGGGUGGGAAUCUCUGCUGCUUUGGUCUGUGUCGCCAACCAAUCUGAUCUGAAGUCAGGUCUGAACUCCUCCUCCUUGUCCUCUCAGCUCCCUUUCCUCCCCCACACUCCCACCACCUAGUACAAAAGAGCAAAGUGACUGUUGUUGGACCCGUGUCCAGCGGCUGCUGUAACUGUAAAGCCGUCUGUCAGUCGCCUCGGUGACUUAUCUCCAGGUCUAGGUUUUAGCACUGAGUGGCACGGAGGUGAUUUUUGCUCCUAUAGAACAAAAACUAUAUUGAAAAAGAAUAAACGUUUUUAUUUAAACUCACCCGA